AUAUAGAACAGGAUGUGGAGAAGAUUCGGCGCAUAAUUCAAGGCAAUGAGUAGAAAAAUUCUCCUGCUCCUUGAAAAUGUCAGAAAUUUCCAGCGACAGCGAUUCGUCCUGCGGCUGGACGGUCAUCAACCAUGAGGGCAACGUUGAAGCAGCACCACCAGACUCUGAUAGCGCAAGUGGCCACGAGGAACUGGCCUCCGAGGAAUUUCUGUCUCCAACACAAGCAGAAGACCAGCAGCAGCAGGCUGCCGGUCUGCAAGCUGACUUUGGCCAGGGUGAUGGGGCACCAAUGAACACUACAAGCCAGCCCCGCAUGGAGCCCAGCAAGCUAGUUCCUGGAGAUGAGAAAGAAAAAAUGCUGGAUGAAACUUCCUGCGUGGGAGCAGUAAGUGAUGAUUCAGAUAUUGUGACUCUGGAGGUGCCGAAGGUGGAAGAAGUUGGAAGCCAGGAAGAAGCUGCCUCGGGAGAGGAGGAAGGUCAGACCUCAGAAAAUUUCUACAUGGGUUCCUCUUCUAGCAGCCAGUAUACCUUUUGCCAGCCAGAAACAGUUUUUCCACUGCAGCCAAGUGGAGAGGAAUCCAGCAGUGAUGAAACCAGUCAUGGCUGCAGCCCCACUCUGAGGCGCCGGCGGGCAAAGAAGAGGCUUCUCUCCAGCUCAGAGUCCGAGGAAGGCCUGCCACCUCAUGACCUAGAAGUCAAGCAGGCCAAGCACCUGCUGAACAGCAGCCUGAACCGAUGCAUUAUCCUUGCCUUGGUGAUUGCGGUCAGCAUGGGCUUUGGACAUUUCUAUGGGAGAAAACAUUACACUUACCAUCAGAAUAAUGCUGAUAUCCAUCUGCUUUUGUCUUUAGGGAAAUUUGAAGAUAAAAAAGAAAAUUUUAUGUUUCAAGGUACAGUUCAGAUUCAAAAACAGCAGGAAUUGGUGGAGAAGACUCAUGAAGACAAACUGAAUGAUAUGAAGGGGGAUCUUUUGCAAUGCCAACAAGAAGGAAGUAAAACACUGUGUGGGUCUCUGAAGGAGGGUCUUGCAAAGUGCUGGCUUGAAACGCAGAUGGAGAAGAAGUCCUUUGAAUCCCAGAAACAUCACCUUGCUUCAGAAAAUCAGCAUUUGAGGGAGUCUUUACAGAGGGAGGAAAAAACCUUGGCAUUGCUACAGGAAGAGCUGAGGAAGCUGAGGGAACAAGUAAGACAUUUGGAAAGCAAAGGCCCUGGCCCGGAUUCGCUGGUUGUGACUGAAAACCAAAAACUCAAAACACAUUUGGAAGAGGAAAAACACAAAAUGCAGAGCUUUAUGAAACAAAAGGAGACUCUACUGGCUGAAGCUCAGAUGCUGAGAAGGGAGCUCGAUAAAGAGCGUCAAGUGACAGCAGCACUUCGGGAAACGUUGGAAAAACUGAGUGCUGAGCAAGGGCCACUGAUGGCAGAGGCUGGUUCGCGUGAGAGCCGAGAGAUAGAAACUCUGCGAAGAAUGUUGAUUGAACUGGAGAAGAAGCUUAGCUUUGAACAGCAGCGGUCAGAUUUGUGGGAGAAGCUGUACAUUGAAGUUAAAGAUCAUGCAGAGAAGCAACAGGGCGCAGAAAAAGCCCAGAAACCAGCUGGGAAAGGAGGAAGCCAAAGUAAAGCCAAGCCAAAAGCAACCUUUUUCGGUUCUGUAAAAGAAACAUUUGAUGCAAUGAAGAAUUCUACCAAGGAAUUUGUACGCCACCAUAAAGAGAAAAUCAAGCAGGCCAAAGAAGCUGUGAAAGAGAACCUGAGAAAGUUCUCAGAUUCUGUCAAGUCUACCUUUAGACAUUUUAAGGACACAACAAAAAAUAUCUUUGAUGGAAGAGAGAAGGAAAGGUCUAGCGACAGAAGAUAUGAGACUAACAGAAAAGGGAGGAGGAUGCAUCAGAGGGACGGUUCCCGUGAAGGUCCUGCAAAGCCGGCCCAGCACCAGGCUCCAGGAAGCCAAAGGCAUUUCGGCCAUAGGAGACAGGCUGAGGACACCCAGCCCCCCUCGCCAUUAUCCAUAGACACGACUUCCGGACAGUGUCCCAAGGGCCCUACUGGUAGCCCAAAACACCAGACCAUCCUAAAAGGAUGUUCUAGCAUUUUUGACUGUGCCCACCAAGAAUUUAUUAGCCUCUUUAACAAAGUCCUGGAUCCUAUUCGGGCUGAUGAAUUUAAUCAAUUAAUGCAUAAAUAUUUGCAGCAAGAAGUAAAGAACUUUCAUCAUUGGCGAGAACUAGAAAUUUUCAUCAGCAGCUUUUUCCAUAACGGUGUCUUUAUUCAUGAUCAGAUGCUGUUCUCAGAUUUUGUCAAUGAUGUAAAAAACUAUCUUGAAGACAUGGAAGAAUACCAGAGAGUCAGUGACAGAGCAUUCGAAGACUUGGACAAAUAUAUAUACCAGUACUACUUUCAUUAUAACCAGAUACCUCUGUGUGGAUCCAGCCCUCAGCAGGAAAGACAAGUUCCAAAGCACCAGCAGCGCUCUAAGAGGGAAGGCCGAUGGCAAAAGCAGGGCCGGAGCAAUGGGAGGCACACAGCAAACCUGGAGAUUGAAGUGGGGCGGCUCCCUUUUGACUCCAAGUACUGAACAGGUGAAGGAGCCCUGCAGGCUGGCAAAAAGCCUCCACGAUUGGCCCGUGAGAGCUUUCACCAGGGCACAAAAAUCCACUGGCUUCAUCUCCAUACUUCAUCCUGCCUUGGGAAGCCUUAAUUAAUUUGGCUGCUUUCUACUAUUACAAUAAAUAAGCAGGAUAAGCAGUAGCUUUAGACAAGUUGUAGACUAAGCUUUUUUGCACUUGUUGGUACUUGGUUCUACUAAAAGAUAUGGUACAGAUUUCAUCUCAUGUUCCAAAAGCACAUCUUGAUAGCCGUUUAAUUACUCUGAUCAUGAUGGGAUUUGUUGCAUGGUCUUUCUGAUCAUCUUGCUUUUAAAUCUGCACAUCUGUACAUUGUAAAAAAAAUAAUAAAAAGGUGGUUCCAAA